CUCGAAUGCUCGACUAGAUAUAGAUGCAUUAGUUGAAAAGGCACCUGCUGAAAAACAAAUAUUUUUUUAAGUGGUGUUCCUCUACUCUGACCAACUCUCUUCAUUCACAAUGGUUUGGCAACACGGCGAUCACCAUGACAUCCCGCAGCAAUGGCGCAUCCACAAGCCUGGCGCAUGGCUCCCAGCUGACCAUCGUGUCCAUCGCGAAUAUCUUCGUCGUGUGACGGAGCAUGUCGACAAGCACCCCGAUGAAAAACUGACACCAGCGCUGCAGGAGUUCAAAGAGUUAAUCGAAGGAAACUCACGAAUAUACAUGUACUUUGUCCAAAUGUUUGAUGAAAUCCCAAAGAAACAGCCAUACUGGCGCGAUCCCACAGGAACUAAACAGAUCCGCGACUACAAACACAUGCUUCAGGUGCUCAACCACAUUGUCUCAAGAGCUCCAGAAUGGACAGAUGCCGCCGAAAGUGCUGGUGUUGUGGGAGUGCCAUUUUGCGCAAUCCUUGAUUACCCCAUGGGAACACCAAGUGGAUAUGCCGCGUUCCUCGACCCAGACGUGAACAAAGCGAUCAAGAAAGUUCUAAACGAGUGGGGGAAGUUCUUAGAGACUCCAAAAUCGGCCGAGGUGUUGGGAGAGCACAAGCUGGGCUGGUUCGGCGAAACGGGGCGAAACGACGUCAUGCAAGUUGCUAACGCUCCGUUGAAGUCGUCUAUGAAAUUUGAAGAAAUGUUUGUGUGCGAACCAUCGGCGAAAUAUCACGGCUACAAGUCAUGGGAUGACUUCUUCACUCGCAAGGUUCACGAUGAGGCAAGGCCCGUCGCAUCUCCAGACGACGACAAUGUCAUUGCCAAUGCAUGCGAAUCUAAGGUGUUCAACAUUCAGCAUGGUGCUCAACUGCGAGACAAAUUUUUCGCAAAAGGCCAGCCUUACUCAGUACUUGAUAUGCUGGCUCACGAUCCACUCGCUCAACAUUUCGCCGGCGCAACAGUCUACCAGGCGUUCCUCUCGGCGUUGUCCUAUCACCGUUGGCAUUCCCCAGUUUCAGGAACCAUCAAACGCGCUUUCGUCCAGGAUGGCACGUACUUCAGCGAGCCUCUCUUUGAAGGCGUAGGUGAUCCGACUGUUCAUGAAAUCAAUACUGGCGGCAUUUCGGUCGGUCAAGGCUACCUGUCUGCGAUGGCAACUCGAGGCAUCAUCUUCAUUGAGGCAGAUAAUCCAGCAAUCGGUUUGAUGGCUUUUAUUGCUAUUGGCAUGGAUGAAGUCAGCUCGGUGGACAUCACCGUCAAAGAGGGCCAACAUGUGAAGAAAGGUGAACAAACAGGCAUGUUUCAUUUUGGUGGAUCAACACAUUGUCUCCUAUUCCGAAAGGGAGUCAAGUUGUCAGAGUUCCCCGAAAUCGGGAGGCAAGAAAAUGUCCCCGUUCGUGGUAAACUUGCUGUUGUCAAGCCAUAGAGAUCGCAUAAUCGGCAUGCGCAUUGACACUCCCUUUAUAACGGGCGGGUCGCAUUCCAGUUACAGGCAAAAUGGGGUUUCACCAAUGGCACAAAUAUUCGACGUCGCUAAUUAGACAUAAUUUUAAAAUGUAUUAACUACAGAACUGAAAUGCUUUUGGCUAGGCUUGGACGCUAUAUAAGAAAUAUAAGAACCUCUUGCCACACAACCUUUUUGAUGGCUGUCUUAUGCUUUUCACACUCUCUCUAGAAAAUAAAAACC